AAAGCAUAAAGUGCAUUCUCUAAUCUGUGUUAUUUCAAACUCAACAACAUGACAAUAAUUGGGGUCCUGGCUUUACAGGGAUCUUUCAAUGAACACAUAGCGGCUCUUAGGAGGUUAGGGGUUGAAGGGGUGCAGAUUAGGAAGCCUGAGCAGCUUCACAAUAUUACUUCCCUUAUCAUACCUGGUGGAGAGAGCACCACCAUGGCUAAAAUUGCUGAGUACCACAACCUGGUUUUUCCUUCCCUGCGAGAGUUUGUGAAAAUGGGAAAGCCUGUUUGGGGAACCUGUGCCGGGCUUAUAUUCUUGGCAGAUAAAGCUAUAGGACAGAAGACUGGCGGACAGCAACUGAUUGGUGGACUUGAUUGUACUGUCCAUAGAAAUUUCUUUGGCAGUCAGAUUCAAAGUUUUGAAGCAGAGGUUUUAGCAUCAGAGCUUGCAUCCACGGAAGGCGGUCCUGAAACUUUUCGUGCAGUUUUUAUUCGUGCUCCAGCAAUUGUUGAAGUAGGGCCGGAAGUUCAAGUGCUGGCUGAUUAUCCUGUCCCUUCUAACAAAUUGUUGAGCUCAGAUUCCUCUAUCGAAGACCAAAAGGAGAAAGUUGAGGAACAGAGUAAAGUUAUAGUUGCUGUGAGACAAGGGAACAUACUGGCGACUGCAUUCCAUCCUGAAUUGACAGCAGAUACUCGAUGGCAUAGUUAUUUCUUAAAAAUGGCAAAUGAAAUUCGGGAAGAGGUGCUAAAUAGCAUUGUUCCAGCACAAGUAAAUCUAAGUUAUAACCAACAACAGCUGAAUGACCUUCCUAUCUUCCAAUAGGACUGGAUUAUGGAUGAAGUUUUUCUUUCUUUUGUAAUGAACAGUUUAUUUUGAAAACGAUAUGUAAUAGUUUUAGAUAUUAAAAGUUGUGCAUAGCUAAAUAAUAGUCUUAAGACUGUCGUUUUUUCUA